AGUUAUCAGCCCAGUUGGUGAUGAGUGUGCUGGCCGAACCUUCCCCCACUCAAUGCAGCAGCAGCAACAGUUCGGAGGGGUCUCCCGAGCCGGUGGUGGCCAGUACCCCUCCUAAAGGAGCUGGAUUCUGGGAGCUUCAACCGCCUCCUCUGUUUCGGUAUUUCCCAUUGCGACAAUUUAAACUGGCCGCAGGUAGACAGGACGGACACCAUCAAUACGUCCAUCGACACAGCAAUAACAUAUUCUUGGUGGGGGCUGCUCCUACUCACGUUAUGUUCACGGAAAACCCAGGAGUGAAGGUAAAGUCUGUCAAGUAUAGAGAGGGUAUGACUACUACCCAAGUUACUGGCAAAAGGAAGCGCGGAGCAAUAUCAGUGAAUCCUACCACAGUGCUAGCUGAUGUGACAAUGGAGAACGGGAAGGUGUACCCACUGUGUGCAUGCAUUAGGGGCGACAUAAUCGAGACCAACACCCGCCUUUGUGGUGACGAGGCCGCGAAGUUAAUGACUCCAGACUCGUGUGAGACGGAAGGUUUCGUCGCUAUUCUCCUCCUUAAACUCACACGACUAAAUGACGGCAGUCAAGGACUCAUAACGGAAGCGGAAUAUCUGGAGAAGUUCCCUAACGCCAGAGGGCCCAUUCGGUCUCGGUAUCGAACCACCAUCCCAGAUGCACUACCAUCAGAGGAUGAUGAUGACUGACAACGUUUAUGUUUCC